ACUACUUGUCGCCCAAGCCAGAUGAGCUAAUUUAUAAAUCUCAGAUUAUAAUUAAUUCAGUUAGUCUCUUCAAAACAAAAAAUUAAUUCAGUUAGAGGAAAGUCGUUUUUCAAUUGGCGAAGCGGUAGUAAUUCUAUUUCAUUUUUGGUUUUCAAGCAUUGAUCAACAAUGACAACUGAAAAGAUCUCGAAUGAUAAGCUCCCAGCACCAGGAGUUCCAGCUCCGGAAGUGAGUUCGUGUAGGAAGAAGAAGAGUGAAGAAGCAACUUUCCUCGAAGAUGUGAAGGAUCACAUAAAUGACUUCAUUCAUGCUUCCAUGGAUGAGCACAAAACUUGCUUUCAGAAAAGUAUCAAGAAGAUGUUUGGAAUGUCAAAAGUCGUUGCAGAAAGGAAUUCGCAGACAAAGGAAGUGGAAAGUUCUCUACCUCUUCGAACAACAACAUAGGCCGACUACUUUGUCCGGAAUCUUACUUUGUUGCACGAAUUAUUAACAAUAAACAAGGUUAAUCUAGUUAAAGAGAGUGCAUGAUCGACUUUUUAGACAAUUGAGAUUCUCAUUUGAAGUUUUAUUGGAUGUUUACAUUGAUUAUCGAAAUUUAGGUCACACGAGGGACAAUGUGAGCCAGACUGCAUUGUAUUUUCUGCUUAGUGGUGCUUCUCUCCAUGAACAUAGUUUAUAACUUGAGAUGUC